AUGUCAAAAAAUAAAUCAAAAAAGCCAACAGUUGGCAAAAACUCAGUAAAUCCGUUCGAAAAAUUUGAUUCUAAAAUAAAAAACAAGGAACUAAACUUUGAUAAGAAAAAUAAAAGCAAAUUUAUCAAAAAGGUCAAAGAUUCAGACAUAGUUUAUGACUAUUCUAGCAAAAAAAGCAGAAAAUUGCAGCUAUAUAAUUUAAAUGAACCGAUAACCCUGACACAUAAAAACAAACCUAUUGAGGAAAAUUACGAUUCGGAUCUAGAUUUAUCGUCUGAAGAGGAGAUUGAUCUGAAAGGAGACUACACAAACAUUUCAGAAGCCUAUAAAGAAUUCAAAGAUAAACGCGAAGCUAACAGAAAAGUUAAACAAGAACAGAAAAACCUUUUAGUAAAGCUAGAUAAGCAAUUCGAAGAGAUUGAUUUUUCAGAAUUUUACAAACCAUCGAAAAAAUCCCCGGAGUUUUACAAAACUGAAAAGCCCAAGAAGUUAGAUGAGUACGAAACUAAUCUUAGAGAUCUGCAAUUGAGUACAAACACAUUAGCUCCAAAACCAGACUUAGUCAACGAGUUCAAGUCAGCCUCAAACAUUUCUGAAAGGUCCGAAGUUGUAGAAAAGAUAAUUAAGUCGGACGGCGUCUUUCUAAAUUUUGCAAAGGAUUACAUCGCCAUCUAUCUAAAAUCACUGGUUGAUUACCUAAAACUAGACGAUACAACUAAGUUUAAUUACUACUUUUUCAACUUCUCAAGAGCGUUUUUACAUCUCUCCAAUAAAUCCUAUCAAGAAUAUAAACUGUGUUUAGAGUAUGAACUUGCGAAGAUAACACCUGAAAUAGCUGAUACAUACGAAUACUUACUGUUAUAUUUAAUUGUAAAAACAGUUGAACCAAAUUCUGAGAUUUAUAAGUACUCACUAACACUAGUGGAAGCCUGUUUGAACCAUUUGUUUCAAUUGCUGUUCAUUGGAACCAUUGAUAGGCGCUAUCUCCCAUCCAAGCAUUUGUUCAUAAAAACAAGAUUAUUAUUAUCAAUUACUUACAACUUUAUACUUGAGACGGGAUAUUAUAUGCCAUUCUUUUAUCACGUUGCAAUAAGACUUUGUACCAUACCCUGUAUAGAUAGAGAUUCCAUUUUGUUAAUUCUAAAAACUGUCAAAGUAACCCUGAACAGACUAUUGGAUAGAGGGUGUUACAUACAUCCAAUAGUAUGCCUAAUAAUACAGCCACGUCUUGUAGAAGUAGAGUAUAAUUUUAGAAUCGUCAAAUCUCCUGAAGACACUGAUUCCAGUGAGCUGAGUGAAUUUGAAGAGUUCAAGAAAUACAUAAACGAACAAUCAAACAUCAAAUACCCUUUAAAAUCACUUGAUAUAUAUAACUCACAGAAGUUGAAGCCUGAAUUCCCCAAAUUGAAGACUAUCAAAACCGUAUACAACAAAUAUAAGCUAGACAAAACCAAACCCGAGUCAAAUAGGAAAUUAAGUAGAGGAGAUAAGCAAGAGUAUAAAAUUUUGAAGCGAGAAUUGUUGACUGAAACACUUAAGAAAGCUGAGUUUGACAUCAAAAAGAGAGCUAAACAACGUUUGGAUACCGAGAAAAGGUACAAGGAAGUUGUGAGAGAUGCUAUGAUAGAGCAGGACAUGCUCAAGAAACUAUCAACUUCAGGUAUUUACUAA